AUGCCACAUACUGAAAGAGCUGAGAAUGCCUUUAGCUUUAUGAUGUCCUUGGGAAUUUCUAAGGAGGAGCUGAUGCCAGUGUUGAUAAAGCUGUUGAGUGUUUAUGAAGGAAAUUGGGAACUUAUUGAAGAUGACCAUUAUCGAACACUUGUAGACGCGUACUUUGAUUUCGAGAAGGACAAGGGGGGUGAAGCUGAGAGAAAGGCUACAUCCAGUUGUCAUCUUGGAGAAAAACCAACAGGGGAAUCGCCCUUGGUGGACGGUGACGCCAAUGAGAUAUCAAGCAUGGACAGCGAAAACAAAAUGUUAUGUGCAGAAGAUAAUAAAAUGUCAUCAAAGAUUUUUGAACAGAAAAUCAUUAAGCCAUCUCAAACAUUCACGGAAGAUAUUAAACCCAAAACCAGUUCACAAGCAUCGCAUUCAAGGUUGAGUGAGGUCAAAAAGAUCUCCAAUUUACCUCGGGUGCCAGCUAAAGAUAGAGAAUCAUACCCUGAGAAAGCAGCAUCUGCCGGGCACUGCGGUCAGUUCGAGAACGACCUUGUGAAGAACAGAGCUAAGAAACCCAAGUUAGUUUCUUCGACAAAUCAUAAUGGUGUGUUGCCAUACCUCCUUUUGGACGAGUUACUUUUUUCAUAA